GUUGGGAGGGGGGGAAGGUGGAGGAGUGUGAUGCUACAACCUCCUUAUAAAGCGACUCUCUCACGUCGUGGCUUGGAAAUUACAGCACGUUGCCGAAAAUUGACGUCCUUUGACGCACACACGCACUCUCACACAGACUCAGCACCGCAGCCAUGACGUGGACCGACCUAGAGGACAUGCUCCACUGGGCCGAGGUGCCUCUCUUUUGGGUAGGGACCUUCACGGUGGCCGCUCUACUACUGUGGCUCCUUUACCGGCUGCUCUCCGGCUUCAGGAUCUGGGUGCUGGGCAACGGCCAGCUGCUCUCCCCCAAGCUGGGCAAGUGGGCAGUUGUGACGGGAGCCACUGAUGGGAUCGGGAAAUCCUACGCAGAGGAGCUUGCUCAUCGAGGGUUUGCUAUAGCGUUGAUCAGCCGCUCCCAGGACAAGCUUGACGACGUGGCCAGGUCACUUGAGAAGCACUUUGGAGUGGAGACCAAAACCAUCGCGGUCGACUUUGGAAAGACCGACAUCUAUGCCACCAUUGAGGCGGCCCUGGCAGGUCUGGAGAUUGGUGUCUUGGUCAACAACGUUGGAGUAUCCUAUCCCUACCCUGAGUACUACCUCCAUAUUCCAGAUCUGGAAAAUUUCAUCACAAAUAUGAUCAACGUCAACAUGACAUCGGUGUGCCAGAUGACCCGGCUGGUGCUGCCCAGAAUGGCUGAGAGAUCCAAAGGUGUGAUCUUGAACAUCUCCUCAGCCAGUGGCAUGUAUCCCGUCCCUCUGCUCACUGUUUACUCCGCCACGAAGGCCUUUGUGGAUUUCUUCUCCCGCGGCCUCCAGGAGGAGUAUAGGCGUCAGGGCAUCAUCAUCCAGAGCGUGCUGCCCUUCUUUGUGGUCACUAAGAUGACACGUAUCAGGAAGCCCACCCUGGACAAGCCCACACCGGAGCGUUACGUGGCCGCCGAGCUCAACACUGUGGGCCUGCAGAGUCAGACUAACGGAUACUUCCCUCACGCCGUCAUGGGGUGGGUGACCACCAGGCUGGUGCCGAUCAGCAUCGUCAUCUUCCUGGGUGCCAGAAUGAACCGCCUCCAACGUACGGGAUACCUGCACAGGAGGAAGCUGCGGGAGCAGAGGAACGGAGCCAGUUUGAAAUUGGAAUAAGAAUAUUGUGACCUAAUGCAGUGUUUAAGGAAGCGAGUGAGGUGUGCUUGUGUGUGAGAACUGACCUGUGUGUGUGUGUGUGUGUGUGAGAGACGUGUGUUCAAAAUGGAAACCUUUCGAUUGGAAAUGAAGCAGAGGACGGUGAGGGCUGAAGUUUGCUGCUCCUGCCAAAGGACCUGUUACUUGACACUGAUGGUGGAUAUUAGUACAACCAAAAAGACAAAAAAUAGAGUGGUUUAACCCUGCUGUUGUAAGCAGUGAAAUGGUGGUGGGUUUUUAUAAAUAUAUAUAUAUAGAUAAGUAUAUGUAAAAUUAUUUAUUUUAUAUUUGUAUAAACACACAAGACACACCCUUACCUUUUAAGACUAGUCCUGUUUACACAACAAUGAGCUUUAUUUAGCUGCAUCGGUCAAGACACAAUUUCUGUAACAAUGCUGCUGCAAGUAUAAAGAUUAUGCAAGGUGAACAAGAGUGCCUUUUUGCAGAGAUUGAUGCUGGAAUGGUCACACGGUUGCCUUUUUUGUUAUUACACUUCACUUCAAGGUUCAAGUUAUAUACAAUGUGUGAAUAUUGGCGUCAAAGUAAUGGUGCCACUGAUUGUCAUGUUAAUGAUUGGCACAUUCAAGUUCAACGUAUGAAAUGUACUGACCAGUGCCUUAAGUGUCAGCAGUCUUUUUCUUUUUUAAAAUGUGUUAUGCACUGUUGACUUAACAUUCCAGGUUUUUUGCUAUUGUUUGUUAAUAAAAAAAAAAUAAACCAUCAA